AUGGAAUUUGCUUAUGAGGAUGCUGUUUUGUACAAGCACAGACAAAAACGUUUCAUGCAGGCCUCACAGGUAAAGAAGAAAAGGUUCGAGGCUUUUGCAUGCAUUGCUGUUAGCUAUUCAUUUCCAAGUGUAGUAGCGGAAGUUGCGAAACAAAAUGUCAAAGAAUACAUUUGGCAGAUCGACUUUCUGUGCAUGUAUGAAUCAGGAACUGCAAAUGAUUGA